CUCCAUGUAGCAGUACCACUGCUCCUAGGAUAUAUAUAUACAUUGUUUAUUUUCUCUUUUCAGAAGAUGAGUAGUGAUGUUGAAAAUGCCAUGAGGCUUCAACAGGAAGAGAAAAAGGGCAUUCUGAUGAGUUGUCCUUCUUCAUUGGGUUUGGGGACAAGUGGUUCAGAAAUGGCAAGUUCUAAUUCUGAGCCUUCAAAUGUAGCUAAUCCCUUUCUUGCUUCCUCUGCUUGGGAUCCUCUUACUCCUUUAACUCAACUUCAAACUACUAAUACUACUACUCUUGUUGGAGACCCUUCUACUUCUUCAAUACCAAUACCAAUGGUUUCUCAUCAUAAUAAUGAAUUCUCCAACUCAUUGUUGUACACUCUUGUUUUGGAAAACCAGCAGCCUCCCCACAUUGUUCAAUACAUGUCUAGAGAUAUGGUUCCAAACCCCAAGGUUCAGGUUCCUGUAUCCUAUGGAAGUGGGAGCUUCUCUGAAAUGGUUGGCUCCUUUCUCCAAUCUCCAAACAGUGAGCACUCACAGGGAGAAGGAGAAGGAGAAGAUUCAGGAUCAGCACCUAGUGGAAAUAGAAGAAGAAAGAGAGGCCAUGAACAUAAUAAUAACUCUACUUUCACUCCAAACAAGAAUGCUGAAGAUUGUUCUGGGAAGAGAAAAGAUCAAGAUGAUGAGAAGAAAGCAAAAGUGGAAGAAAAUAAAGACAAAAGUGGUCAAAGUGGAGAAACACCUAAAGAGAAUUUCAUUCAUGUGAGAGCAAGAAGAGGCCAAGCUACUAACAGUCACAGCCUUGCAGAAAGGGUAAGGAGAGAAAAGAUUAGUGAGCGAAUGAGGUUGCUUCAAGAACUUGUUCCAGGAUGCAACAAGAUAACUGGCAAAGCAGUGAUGCUUGAUGAGAUUAUAAACUAUGUGCAAUCAUUGCAACAGCAGGUUGAGUUUUUGUCCAUGAAACUUGCCACUGUGAACCCAGAGCUGAAUUUGGACCUAGAGCGGAUUCUCUCAAAAGAUAUUCUGCAAUCACGAAUUGGUGGAUAUGGUGGUGGUAUAAGCUGCUCUCAAGCAUUUCCUAGUUCCAGCUUCCAAGGAACACUAGUGCCCAUGCCUACCACUUCAAAUCAACUCCCUCCCUUGCCUCAGAGUGUGUUGGACCAUGAAUUCCAAAACUUGUAUGGAAUGAGCUAUGAUUCUAGUACAGCUCUUGGGAACAUGGGGCACAAUGGAGGAUCCAAACCAGAGUUAUAGUGUACUGUGUGUAAAAGACAUUGGAAUUGUCCAUUUGAUUGAAAAAUUAACUCAAGUUGGAUGAAGGGAGUAAUAAAGGAUUCAUAUUUAGUUAAUAUGUCAGCGGUAUAGGAUCUAAUAACCUAACGGUUCGCCAAGAUUAGUUAAUCAGAUUUGUGAAUUAUCUUAUGUAUAUUUGAAUUGGGUUCACCAAGUGGGGUUCUGAAUUGUUUCAACCUAAGCUAGUGUUCCUUGUUAGAAAAAAUGUGGGUACUAUUGUAAGGUUAUUUGGUUUUCUAGUUUCCUUUUUUUUUUUUCCUUUUGUGAUGAAUGAAAGGUUUCUUAGUUCUUCCUGCGCAGCUUCAUGUUAUUGAAGUAGGUCCAACACCAAUAAAAACUAUUUUCAUUAAAAGAGUGUCACGCGCCUUUUUUUUCUUCUCCUCCCUCGCACUGCAUCUUCUUCUUCUCCUUUCACGCACUUCUUCUUCUUCUUCUUUGUGCUUCUUUCUCUCUUCUUCUUCU